AUGCGGUUCCUGGCUCUUCUUUUAGGGGUGAAGGCAGCGUCCAUCCUGCUACUGUCUUCGCUCACGGGUACCGGGGCUGUCAACAGCAGCGGCCGGUGGUGGGGCAUCGUCAACGUGGCCUCAUCCGCCAACCUUCUGACCAACUCCAAGAGCGUGCAGCUGGUGCUCGAUCCGAGCUUGGCUCUGCUCAGUCGCCGUCAGCGGCGCCUCAUCCGCCAGAACCCGGGCAUCCUGCAUGCCAUCGUGGCCGGCCUGCAUUCAGCCAUAAAGGAGUGCAAGUGGCAGUUCCGCAACCGGCGCUGGAACUGCCCGACCACCCACAGCCCCACUGUCUUCGGCAAAAUCGUCAACCGCGGUUGCAGGGAAACUGCAUUCGUGUUUGCCAUUACGAGUGCGGGAGUUACCCAUGCGGUGGCCAGGUCCUGCUCAGAGGGCGCCAUCGAGUCCUGCACCUGCGAUUACCGGCGCCGAGGCCCUGGUGGCCCAGACUGGCACUGGGGCGGCUGUAGUGACAAUGUGGAUUUCGGAAAGCUCUUCAGCCGCGAGUUUGUGGACUCCAGCGAGAGGGGCAGGGAUCUUCGCUACCUCAUCAAUCUGCAUAACAAUGAGGCGGGGAGAAUGACCGUGUCCUCCGAGAUGCAGAAAGAGUGCAAGUGUCACGGCAUGUCAGGCUCCUGCACGGUGCGCACCUGCUGGAUGCGGCUACCCAGCUUCCGAACGGUGGGGGACUUCCUGAAAGAUCGCUUUGACGGGGCUUCGCGGGUCGUCUACGCCAACAAGGGCAGCAACCGGGCUUCCCAUCACGCCGACCCGCGCCAUCUGGAGCCGGAGAACCCCGCCCACAAGCCCCCCUCAGUCCGGGACCUGGUGUAUUUUGAGAAAUCACCCAACUUCUGUUCUUUUAAUGGCAGAACUGGAACCCAGGGCACAUCAGGACGCACCUGCAACAGCUCAUCCCCAGCCCUGGAUGGGUGCGAGCUGCUGUGCUGUGGACGGGGGUACAGGACACGGACUGAGAAAGUGACAGAAAGGUGUCACUGCACCUUCCACUGGUGCUGCCAUGUGAGCUGCCUCAACUGUACCAGCACCCAGAUAUUGCACCAGUGUCUCUGA